AUAUCGCAUUGUAAUUUGUAACUUCAACCUUGGAGAUCUUUCCCAUCUUUACGUAAAGAUCGAAAGCAAUUUUUAUUGCGUAUAUCUUUUCAAACCAAAAUGACUUCGGUAGUUCGCGCUGGACAUUUGGCCCCCUAUUUCAAAGCUACAUCCAAUGUCCUCACGAAUGGACUCAAGCCCGUAGUAGCAGUCGCAACUCCUGCUGACAAAUUGGUCGCCCAAGCUUUGCCCAACACUUCUACCGUGCAAUCUUUGCAUGGUUCUUUACCGAUUCAGAGCUUGAAAGUAAAACAAAGUAAUAAAUUGCCAACCCAAGUUCGAUUUGCGCAUUCGGAUGUCUCCAUCCCCGACUUCUCGGCAUAUCGCCGUAAAGAGACCCUGGACCCGACAGUCAAGGCUGAAAAGCAUAUUGAUGGCCGUCAAUCGUUCACAUAUCUCAUCGCUGGAGCGGGUAGCGUGGCCGGAGCUUACGCCGCCAAGUCUGUAGUGACGCAAUUCGUGUCUUCGAUGGCGGCCGCAGCCGACGUCUUGGCCUUGGCUAAGAUCGAAAUCAAACUCGCCGAGAUCCCCGAAGGCAAAUCCGUCACGUUCAAAUGGCGCGGAAAACCUCUUUUCAUUCGUCACAGGACGGCCAAGGAGAUCGCGACGGAGAAGGCGGUGCCGCUGCAGGAGCUGCGCGACCCCGAGGCGGACGAUGCGCGCACCACGCAGCCCGAGUGGCUCGUGGUGAUCGGCGUGUGCACGCACCUGGGCUGCGUGCCCAUCGCCAACGCGGGCGACUUCGGCGGCUACUACUGCCCGUGCCACGGCUCGCACUACGACGCGUCGGGCCGCAUCCGCAAGGGCCCGGCGCCGCUCAACCUCGAGGUGCCGCCGCACACCUUCAACGACGAGGGCCUACUCGUCGUGGGCUAGCCUCGUUGUCGCCGCCACCUAACUUAUUAGACAAUUUAUUUAAGUGUAUCUAUGUGUUAUUGAUAGAAUCGAACGAUCAAUAAAAUUUAUGAAACGAA